AUGUUCCACGAUGAAACUCGAUCCAUUGCUCGUAGAAACAAGAUUCAGCCCUCAAGUCAUGCUGAAGUCCAAGCGGUGGCCGGUCCCAGUCUCGAAGAGCAGGCUCUCAUGAGAGUUGCUGCCGCUGCGCCCGUGAAGCUGACCGACUUCGUGCUAUACCAACCUUUGGACGAUCUGGGCGUCAACUUCUUUAUGUCGACCUAUGUUGGCGAUGAUCCCUCGGUCUCACAGCUAUAUUACCUCCCAAAGCUGUUUUCACAGACUGGAUCUUCAAAUCCUGGGCUGCGGCAGAGCAUCACAGCUGCUGGUUUGGCAGGCUAUGCCAAGACUGCUCGUCGCAACGACGUGAAGCUUACUGCCACCAGGCUCUACGUUUCCGCAAUCCAAAGCAUCAAUGCUGCCAUUUCAGAUCCGACGACAGUCGUGCAGGACGCUACUCUCAUGUCUAUCGUCAUGGCCGCAAUGUUCGAAGUCUUAGUGAUUCCUCGCUUAUCCGAUUUGCGAAAUUGCAGCAAACAUCUUGACGGAGCUGUAGCCGUCGCGCUGAUGAUGCUGAAGCAGAAGAAGCAGACAGACGUCACCUACAAGCUCAUCACUAUGUCGAUGCAAAGUAUGAUCAUCAACAGCUGGAUUUCGCACUUACCUUUACCGGCCAACUUCAUGGAAUUGAAAAGAAGGCUUGGGUCGAAUCCAAAACCACAUUUGCAUUCACUCCAUGGAGACUUUCUGGAUAUCGUUACUGAGCUUGUUGAUUUCAGAGAAGCUCUUAAAGAGAGACUGUUACAACGACCAUCUGAUAUCAUUGAGCGGGCUCUGGCGGUGGAUGAAAUAUUCGAGACUUUUGCAGACACCAUGCCACCACAUGCCCGGUUCCAGGCUUACCGUAUCCUCCUUCAGGAUGUGGAACAACUUGCUUUUAAUGGUUAUUAUCACGGUAUAGACGACACUUCCUGCGAUAGUGCACCGACUGACAUUUCAAAUAGUGUACCUUCAAAGUUUCACUGCCCUUCUCUGGAACAAUGUCCGCGCUGCGCGUCUGCGUCUACAUCAAGUAAUUCGCAAGCAAUGCCAGAUCAUCCUAUCGUCGCCAGCUGUACAAAAGCAUGGCAUUUGGAAGGCCCAACUGGCAGAUUCUGA